AUGGCAAUCGAGCGCCUGCCACUGCUGCUGCAGGUGAACGUCCCGAAGACCAAGAAGGCCUACUGCAAGGGCAAGGAGUGCCGCAAGCACACCAUGCACAAGGUCACACAGUACAAGACCGGCAAGGCGUCGCUGUAUGCCCAGGGCAAGCGGCGUUACGACCGCAAGCAGUCGGGCUAUGGUGGCCAGACCAAGCCUGUGUUCCACAAGAAGGCGAAGACCACCAAGAAGAUUGUGCUCCGUCUUGCCUGCACCGUGUGCAAGGCGCAGCAUAUGCAUGCCAUCAAGCGCUGCAAGCACUUUGAGAUCGGCGGCGACAAGAAGGUCAAGGGCCUGUACUGA